AUGACCUUCAGCUCCGGCGCAACCGCGUCGGGGGACACCGGCGCCGUCAACAUCGGUAGCGGCGCCGCUCUGGGCGGCACCGGAGGUGAUGUGACUCUAACGGUGGGCCGCGGAGACACCGGCGAGGGCGGUCUGAUGGAGAUGGCGGCCGGCGAGUCGACCACGGCCACGGGAGGAUCGGUGACCAUCACCAGCGGUGAGGGUACGGCGACCACCAGCGGUGCGAUCACCAUCCGAUCGCCCAACGCCGGCGCCGUGGGCGUGAGCGGCGCCAUUGUGUUGAGCUCGGGUACCACCAGCUCCGGCACCAGCGGUUCGGUGCUCAUCGGAAGUGGCGCGGCGGUGUCGGGAGCUGGCGGAGCGGUGAGUCUGACGGUGGGCACCAGCGCCUACACGACGGGCGGGACGCUCACGUUGGCGGCCGGCACGGGUGUGACGGGCGGUCCUGUGUCGAUGUCGGCCGGAACGGGCACCACGUCUACGGGCGGGUCGGUGAGUCUGGCGGCGGGCGCAGGGUCGACGGGCGGAUCGUUCACGGUGGUGGCCGGACAAGGCACCGGGACGACGGGCGGGGCGAUCACGGUGACGGCCGGUGAAGGAGGGACGGACGGCGGCGCGUUGAUCAUGGCAGCAGGAUACGGUGGUGACAGUGGUGGCCUCGUGGCUGUGUCUAGCGGGGCCGUGACGGACGGGAACAGCGGGACCGUCACCAUCGUCUCCGCCAACGCCGGUACAACGGGCCACAGCGGUGUCAUGACCUUCAGCUCCGGCACAACCACGUCGGGAGACACCGGCGCCGUCAUGAUCGGCAGCGGUGACGCCAUCGGCGGACAGGCCGGUCUGUUGAGUCUGACCGUGGGCGACACGAGCUCGGGGGAGGGCGGCGACGUGACCAUAUCCGCCGGUCAGUCGUCCGAGCUGUCUGGGGGGGCCGUGACCAUCACCAGCGGCGAGGGCACCGCCACCACCAGCGGUGCGAUCACCAUCCGAUCGCCCAACGCCGGCGCCGUGGGCGUGAGCGGCGCCAUUGUGUUGAGCUCGGGUACCACCAGCUCCGGCACCAGCGGUUCGGUGCUCAUCGGAAGUGGCGCGGCGGUGUCGGGAGCUGGCGGAGCGGUGAGUCUGACGGUGGGCACCAGCGCCUACACGACGGGCGGGACGCUCACGUUGGCGGCCGGCACGGGUGUGACGGGCGGUCCUGUGUCGAUGUCGGCCGGAACGGGCACCACGUCUACGGGCGGGUCGGUGAGUCUGGCGGCGGGCGCAGGGUCGACGGGCGGAUCGUUCACGGUGGUGGCCGGACAAGGCACCGGGACGACGGGCGGGGCGAUCACGGUGACGGCCGGUGAAGGAGGGACGGACGGCGGCGCGUUGAUCAUGGCAGCAGGAUACGGUGGUGACAGUGGUGGCCUCGUGGCUGUGUCUAGCGGGGCCGUGACGGACGGGAACAGCGGGACCGUCACCAUCGUCUCCGCCAACGCCGGUACAACGGGCCACAGCGGUGUCAUGACCUUCAGCUCCGGCACAACCACGUCGGGAGACACCGGCGCCGUCAUGAUCGGCAGCGGUGACGCCAUCGGCGGACAGGCCGGUCUGUUGAGUCUGACCGUGGGCGACACGAGCUCGGGGGAGGGCGGCGACGUGACCAUAUCCGCCGGUCAGUCGUCCGAGCUGUCUGGGGGGGCCGUGACCAUCACCAGCGGCGAGGGCACCGCCACCACCAGCGGUGCGAUCACCAUCCGAUCGCCCAACGCCGGCGCCGUGGGCGUGAGCGGCGCCAUUGUGUUGAGCUCGGGUACCACCAGCUCCGGCACCAGCGGUUCGGUGCUCAUCGGAAGUGGCGCGGCGGUGUCGGGAGCUGGCGGAGCGGUGAGUCUGACGGUGGGCACCAGCGCCUACACGACGGGCGGGACGCUCACGUUGGCGGCCGGCACGGGUGUGACGGGCGGUCCUGUGUCGAUGUCGGCCGGAACGGGCACCACGUCUACGGGCGGGUCGGUGAGUCUGGCGGCGGGCGCAGGGUCGACGGGCGGAUCGUUCACGGUGGUGGCCGGACAAGGCACCGGGACGACGGGCGGGGCGAUCACGGUGACGGCCGGUGAAGGAGGGACGGACGGCGGCGCGUUGAUCAUGGCAGCAGGAUACGGUGGUGACAGUGGUGGCCUCGUGGCUGUGUCUAGCGGGGCCGUGACGGACGGGAACAGCGGGACCGUCACCAUCGUCUCCGCCAACGCCGGUACAACGGGCCACAGCGGUGUCAUGACCUUCAGCUCCGGCACAACCACGUCGGGAGACACCGGCGCCGUCAUGAUCGGCAGCGGUGACGCCAUCGGCGGACAGGCCGGUCUGUUGAGUCUGACCGUGGGCGACACGAGCUCGGGGGAGGGCGGCGACGUGACCAUAUCCGCCGGUCAGUCGUCCGAGCUGUCUGGGGGGGCCGUGACCAUCACCAGCGGCGAGGGCACCGCCACCACCAGCGGUGCGAUCACCAUCCGAUCGCCCAACGCCGGCGCCGUGGGCGUGAGCGGCGCCAUUGUGUUGAGCUCGGGUACCACCAGCUCCGGCACCAGCGGUUCGGUGCUCAUCGGAAGCGGCGCGGCGGUGUCGGGAGCUGGCGGAGCGGUGAGUCUGACGGUGGGCACCAGCGCCUACACGACGGGCGGGACGCUCACGUUGGCGGCCGGCACGGGUGUGACGGGCGGUCCUGUGUCGAUGUCGGCCGGAACGGGCACCACGUCUACGGGCGGGUCGGUGAGUCUGGCGGCGGGCGCAGGGUCGACGGGCGGAUCGUUCACGGUGGUGGCCGGACAAGGCACCGGGACGACGGGCGGGGCGAUCACGGUGACGGCCGGUGAAGGAGGGACGGACGGCGGCGCGUUGAUCAUGGCAGCAGGAUACGGUGGUGACAGUGGUGGCCUCGUGGCUGUGUCUAGCGGGGCCGUGACGGACGGGAACAGCGGGACCGUCACCAUCGUCUCCGCCAACGCCGGUACAACGGGCCACAGCGGUGUCAUGACCUUCAGCUCCGGCACAACCACGUCGGGAGACACCGGCGCCGUCAUGAUCGGCAGCGGUGACGCCAUCGGCGGACAGGCCGGUCUGUUGAGUCUGACCGUGGGCGACACGAGCUCGGGGGAGGGCGGCGACGUGACCAUAUCCGCCGGUCAGUCGUCCGAGCUGUCUGGGGGGGCCGUGACCAUCACCAGCGGCGAGGGCACCGCCACCACCAGCGGUGCGAUCACCAUCCGAUCGCCCAACGCCGGCGCCGUGGGCGUGAGCGGCGCCAUUGUGUUGAGCUCGGGUACCACCAGCUCCGGCACCAGCGGUUCGGUGCUCAUCGGAAGCGGCGCGGCGGUGUCGGGAGCUGGCGGAGCGGUGAGUCUGACGGUGGGCACCAGCGCCUACACCACGGGCGGGACGCUCACGUUGGCGGCCGGCACGGGUGUGACGGGCGGUCCUGUGUCGAUGUCGGCCGGAACGGGCACCACGUCUACGGGCGGGUCGGUGAGUCUGGCGGCGGGCGCAGGGUCGACGGGCGGAUCGUUCACGGUGGUGGCCGGACAAGGCACCGGGACGACGGGCGGGGCGAUCACGGUGACGGCCGGUGAAGGAGGGACGGACGGCGGCGCGUUGAUCAUGGCAGCAGGAUACGGUGGUGACAGUGGUGGCCUCGUGGCUGUGUCUAGCGGGGCCGUGACGGACGGGAACAGCGGGACCGUCACCAUCGUCUCCGCCAACGCCGGUACAACGGGCCACAGCGGUGUCAUGACCUUCAGCUCCGGCACAACCACGUCGGGAGACACCGGCGCCGUCAUGAUCGGCAGCGGUGACGCCAUCGGCGGACAGGCCGGUCUGUUGAGUCUGACCGUGGGCGACACGAGCUCGGGGGAGGGCGGCGACGUGACCAUAUCCGCCGGUCAGUCGUCCGAGCUGUCUGGGGGGGCCGUGACCAUCACCAGCGGCGAGGGCACCGCCACCACCAGCGGUGCGAUCACCAUCCGAUCGCCCAACGCCGGCGCCGUGGGCGUGAGCGGCGCCAUUGUGUUGAGCUCGGGUACCACCAGCUCCGGCACCAGCGGUUCGGUGCUCAUCGGAAGCGGCGCGGCGGUGUCGGGAGCUGGCGGAGCGGUGAGUCUGACGGUGGGCACCAGCGCCUACACGACGGGCGGGACGCUCACGUUGGCGGCCGGCACGGGUGUGACGGGCGGUCCUGUGUCGAUGUCGGCCGGAACGGGCACCACGUCUACGGGCGGGUCGGUGAGUCUGGCGGCGGGCGCAGGGUCGACGGGCGGAUCGUUCACGGUGGUGGCCGGACAAGGCACCGGGACGACGGGCGGGGCGAUCACGGUGACGGCCGGUGAAGGAGGGACGGACGGCGGCGCGUUGAUCAUGGCAGCAGGACACGGUGGUGACAGUGGUGGCCUCGUGGCUGUGUCUAGCGGGGCCGUGACGGACGGGAACAGCGGGACCGUCACCAUCGUCUCCGCCAACGCCGGUACAACGGGCCACAGCGGUGUCAUGACCUUCAGCUCCGGCACAACCACGUCGGGAGACACCGGCGCCGUCAUGAUCGGAAGCGGUGACGCCAUCGGCGGACAGGCCGGUCUGUUGAGUCUGACCGUGGGCGACACGAGCUCGGGGGAGGGCGGCGACGUGACCAUAUCCGCCGGUCAGUCGUCCGAGCUGUCUGGGGGGGCAGUGACCAUCACCAGCGGCGAGGGCACCGCCACCACCAGCGGUGCGAUCACCAUCCGAUCGCCCAACGCCGGCGCCGUGGGCGUGAGCGGCGCCAUUGUGUUGAGCUCGGGUACCACCAGCUCCGGUACCAGCGGUUCGGUGCUCAUCGGAAGUGGAGCGGCGGUGUCGGGAGCUGGCGGAGCGGUGAGUCUGACGGUGGGCACCAGCGCCUACACGACGGGCGGGACGCUCACGUUGGCGGCCGGCACGGGUGUGACGGGCGGUCCUGUGUCGAUGUCGGCCGGAACGGGCACCACGUCUACGGGCGGGUCGGUGAAUCUGGCGGCGGGCGCAGGGUCGACGGGCGGAUCGUUCACGGUGGUGGCCGGACAAGGCACCGGGACGACGGGCGGGGCGAUCACGGUGACGGCCGGUGAAGGAGGGACGGACGGCGGCGCGUUGAUCAUGGCAGCAGGACACGGUGGUGACAGUGGUGGCCUCGUGGCUGUGUCUAGCGGGGCCGUGACGGACGGGAACAGCGGGACCGUCACCAUCGUCUCCGCCAACGCCGGCACAACGGGCCACAGCGGUGUCAUGACCUUCAGCUCCGGCACAACCACGUCGGGAGACACCGGCGCCGUCAUGAUCGGAAGCGGUGACGCCAUCGGCGGACAGGCCGGUCUGUUGAGUCUGACCGUGGGCGACACGAGCUCGGGGGAGGGCGGCGAGGUGACCAUAUCCGCCGGUCAGUCGUCCGAAUCGUCUGGCGGGGCCGUGACCAUCGCGAGCGGGGUGGGCACCGCCACCACUAGCGGUGCGAUCACCAUCCGAUCGCCCAACGCCGGCGCCGUGGGCGUGAGCGGCGCCAUUGUGUUGAGCUCGGG